AUGGCGCAAGUGAUCAUGCCGCGCGUGGUGUGGAGGAGGGAAAUGCUUAUCGACAACCUUAAUCUCCCGCGCCCGGACGUCGAAAGCGUCCCUAGCCCAGUGGCCCAGGGCUCCGCUCCCAACGUCGGCCAGCAAGUCCAGUCGUCUCCAGCCACGUCCCAGCAUAGCAGCAGCAGCAGCAGCAGCACCGGGCCAUCCCACCGUCUACCGUCUCCCGGCAUGCUGUGGCAGCGCGUCGUCUACUUUGCGCCCACGUAA